UGAGGCCUUUUGGUGUGAGAAAGGACCGGAUGUGCGGUGACCGUUUUCGGGCACAAGCGGUGACUGUUGCGACCAGCUUUGUGACCUUUGAAGAUGUUUUGGCCCAAGCUUCUGAAGCUGAAGCUCAGCUCAGCUGAGCUGACAUCAUGAGAGCAGUGAUUAGCCAAUCGGAGAAGCGCUUAGAUGGUCAAAGGAAGUGCAAUGAGGAGGCAAGAGCUCGACAGCUUCGAAACAAUAUUUCAGUGGCCUUCUGUGGGCUUUUCCUGCUUGGAGCCUUCGCAGCGACGAAUAUCGUCCUUCUCCAGUCCGUGUUGAAGGACCCCUUGGGAGGUGAGAGAAGCCAGCGCUUCAUUGGACCUCUCUUGCGGGAGAAGCUGAGGACGCUGGCUCGUAAAGGUCGAAACAAGCUCACUGGAAGACAUGAUGACAGGCCACAGCAGACAGAGAAGCAAUUAGCAUGGGCUCGAGCGGCUGCAUCUUCAGGAGAUGGUUCGACCAUCUCCGGACACGUGGUGAAGCAAUUGGCGAAAGACAUUGUCAAGGACAUCGUCGCUCCAGCUGCUGAAGGUUCUUCAACGAGCUCGCAGGCUCUGAAAGGUUCCAACUUGCGAGGCAGCAAGCAGGCCAAAGAAGAGAACUCCAAUGAGCCGCCCAAAGCCGGCAGAUUUGUGUCGGAGAUUGUCUCGGCGACUGCAGGGGGACCUUCAAAGCCUCGAGCAACUUCGGCCAAAACUGCUCUGGAAGCUUCUCAGUUGGCAGAGCCGGAGACUUCAAAAGAGGUCAGUUCAAAGCCAGAGCCGGCAGAUCCACCUUCAACGAAAGGCGUGCGGAAGACGCAGGCGGAAUCUGAGGCGAAGGAGGUGCCGAGGCAAGUGAGCUUCUCUCCUGCAAAAACCGGUGCAGCUGGUCAUGCAGCUGGUGAGACGGCUGUCUAGACCCUCCAGGCCUUUGGCCUUUCACUGUUUUUGAUCGAGAUCUUCGCCUACAACCGAAGCACCAGGAUGAGGAUGGACCAAGCAAGCACCUGGGUUAGCGGGCAACAGGACGCCCAACAAGGACGUUGCGAUGAUGCCACACGACUUGGCAACGACCACAUGAUCUUGGACCAUGAGCUCGAUCCGCGGAAUAGAGCUGAAUGUAUGGGAACCGCUCCUCAAAGUACCCACAUGAAGUUUGUAGCUGUAGCCGUGCGAAGAGAAGC